CUACUUUCGUUUUGUUCUUCAAAUUGGUCGGUCAUGGCUGGAAAGACAGUCCCAGCGCCUACUCUGUCAAAGGAUAAACCAAUGUUAUCAAAAAGGGAUUACAUCAAACUAGUUCUACUAGAAUAUGAAGAUAAUCCUAAUUACACUGAAGCUCUAAAGGAACUUGAUGAAUUGCUAUCUGCCAAGGUUUAUGGAGUUUCAACUCUCGGGCCUGUAACAUCAUUUAAAGAAGAAGAUGUUACAGAUGAACAAAAAGAAUAUAAACCAAACUUAGCUAAAAUUUUAUUACUGGGAUGUAAAGCCAGAGUGAUGUAUGGCAGUUUAGCCUGGAUAGAGUACAUUGAUCUGAUCAAGAAACACAAAGUAGCAGUUUGUCAGCAGGAUGUAUUGAAAAAUAGUCAUCCAACUCCUAAUAAAACCAAUAAAGGAGAGGAAAUGGCUAGUGACUCUAAUGCCAGGGUCAAGGAUUCAGAUGUUGAGAGCAUUCCACAGACUCCUGAUAAUAGUGCUCCACCAACUGAAAAGGAACAGCCACCAGUACAGAAAGCUAAUGAGGAACCAGCUACAGCUCCUCCUACACAGGAGAGCACUGCUGAACAAGAACAGAAGGAACAGGGAAAAACUUUGACCUUGUUUGAACUUUUGGAGAAAGAGAUGAACAAAGACUCAGAGGAAUAUGAAGAAGCAUAUCAGGACCUGGUCCACAUGUUUACUUGUCAGGCCGUGCUUAGGAGUACAUUUCCCCAGGCGUAUUUGUUACCACAAGUGACGGUCAAUAUGAGUAAACCAGACGAGGUUCCUGAGUCAGUGAGAGAGAGGGCGCUGUACAGGUACCUGGUGAAACUGAAGCUGGAGACGUACGAUGACAGCUACACUGACAUCUGGAGGGAGUAUGGAACCUUACUGAUAGCUGAAAAUCUACUGGAUCUCGCCAGGAAAGCUAAUGGUCCAGACAGAAACAUUUAUCUUAUUGUAGAGAAAAGACAGUUUCAUAACAUGCAGACAGAUCUUCAGAAGAAGACCCAGGAAGUCGAGGAGCUCUCUACAAGGUUGAGUAGAUUUGCCAGCCAGCAGUUGACCGAGGGUAACCCUAACAUCGCGGACCUGAGUGACACCCAUCGCCCCACCAGAUUAGGGGAGAUGUACAGUCAGCUGUUUGAUGAUGAGUGGUCAGAGGCAUUUGAGGCUUUAAAACCAACCACAAAAGAGGAUGAGGAUGAAAUCUAUCCAAACACACUGACACUUCUACAAAUGAUUGUAAAGGAUGUUUUUAGUUUUUGUAAAGAAAAAUCUCAAGAGCAAUUGCAGAAGCUGGAAAACCAUAUGAUAGAAGCCCUUAAACAAGACACAGCACAAAAUCAAGAAACAAAAUCAGAAAAUAAAGAGGAAAAAAUGGAUGUUGAUCCCAAACCAGAUGAAGGUGGAGAUGGUAAAGUGGAGAGUGGAGAAUCCGGUGAGAAGACCAAGUCUCCACUACAUCAGGUGGUGGAGAGGCAUGCUAAGGAAAUCAGAAAGGCAGCAUCCAAAGAGACAGCUAAACUAAUGUCUCAGGUAUUUACUCAACAAAAGCUGAGUGAAUUGUUACCUGAUGAGAAGACCCGUCAGGAUGAGCGAGUGGUUACCUACGUCAGUAAGUGUGUAGAGCUCUGCUGGUACAUGUGCAUGCAGGAUCCUCCAAUGGAACUGGUCUUCCCACAGAAAGGUGAAACCAUGGACAAGAACUUGUUUUCUCACCAUGGCAGGAAGGGGAAGGUGGUGGACAUCUGUGUCUGGGCCGCUCUCCUCCUCCACAAGGAGGGACCAGUCGUGUGUAAAGGUUAUGUCCUCCCAGAGGAGAAAAAGUAAAGGGAUAGUCCAGAAAUAGUAUUAUGUAUAUAUAUACAGUAGGGCUAGACAUUGUUUCUUGAAAUGCAGUUUAAAUAUAUUAUAAUUAAACAUUAUAUAUGCAUUUCAGCUUGAUAUUUAUGUUUGUAUUAUAAGCCAGAACAAUCAAUAUAAUGAGAAUAUUUUUUAGAUUAAGAACUUCUGUUUUUUUCUUGCUUUUUCAGUUUAAUUUCCAUUCUAAAUGUAAAUCUUUUUUUAAUAUAUAUAUAAAUAUUGUCUUGUUUUUUUAAGUGGAUGAGAAAUUUCCUGUUAUGAUAAAAUUGUUUUUUCAUCCACUGGACAAAUAAUGAAAAUAAAACUUUAAAUCUAACAA